UGCUGGAUAAAAUAACUCUGUAUCACUUAAUGCCAGAGCACACUGUUAUAAUAUAACAAACCUUAUUUGAUUGUGUGAAUUCUUGGAUACCUUUCUCAAAAAUAUCUUUGAAUAAUUGGUUUAUGCUGAGUGUUUCUAAUACUCUAUUCAAUCUUCCCAAUUGUGUUAUUUUUUUUCACUUAGUACAACCUUUUAUUUCCACUCAUAAGUUUCUGCUGCUACAUUCGCAUAGGAUGUUUUUUUUAUCAAUUGGCUCCCAUUUCACCAUUUUUUAUCCUACAAGGUUCUGUAGUAAACUAUAUAACUUUAAUGGACACUGAAAACUGCACCAAUCUUUACCUUCAAGUUUGCCAAACCUUUUUAACAUGCAAGUACGAUGACCCAUCUACAUUUGAAGACCUCUACAAGCUCCUACCAUGGUUGCGCCAGUCAUUAACAUGUUGUGUGUGUUCCAAGGUUGUAGUGGAUCCCAUGUCCUCAACACAGACUCACUGUCAGCAUUUUGUUUGUGCCAAGUGUAGAGGUGGGAAAAUGGUAUUACGGCCUUCCUGCAGCUGGUGCAAAGAUGCCAAUGCUUUUGAAAUCAACGAACACCUUGUUAUAUUAGUUCAAUGUUUUAGCAAGAUUUGUGAACUGAUCUUGCAUUCACCGAUUAAUGAUCAUAUUAUUAAAUAUGAUCAGAAUCGAAAAAAAGGUUCAUACAAUUUUAUUACAGAGCAACAAAAAGAAGCCACUGGUAAGAAAGAAGAGCAUUCAAAGAAGAGACGGAGUGGCACAAGAAGACAUCAAGUAUCAAGUCGUAUUCUCAACAUAUCAGUGAGUGAAGUGCUUCAAGAUGGGAUCAGUAAAUGUAAUCAAACAACACCUGUGACGUGAUAUUGAUUCCAACAGACAAUAAUUGAAAUAAAAUCUGGAAUUUCUUCUGUUUAAAUGGCAGAGAGCUCUAUGUGAAAAGUUUGAACUUGUUUAUUGAAAGUGGACACAUUUCCAAGCAUUUCCAAACUGAACUAUAUUUUCUUAUUUCGAUUAACAAUCAUAAAUUGUUGCAAUUUUUCUUUACGUCGCUGCUAAAGUUUAACACUGUUAUUCUAUCGUUGUAUUUUAAGUUAUAACAGUACCAUUUUAUGUCAUCAUAUCUUUUUCAAACUCAUUGCUUUUGCGUAAUUUCGUUCUUUCAAAAUGUCAAUACCGCCAAAUUGUUUACAUGCUGCUAAACUUGCUAAUUUGUUAUUUUUUCAGAUGUGCUAUUAGAAAUUUUACCAUGGCUAAACCUAAAGAUUUGUACAUUGCUAAAUCUUUGAAGGAUCUUAACAAGCAUACUGACAGCAAAUGCGAAAAAGGACGUAGCAUCAAAAUCUACUUGAACUUUGCUAACAAGGCAUUCGCUGAGGCCGAAAAGGCCUUCAAAAGCCGUGAUGAAGAAAGAGCUUACAUCCUGUAUAUGAAGUACCUGGAUAUGGUGGGGAUAGUCAGGAAAUGCCCCGAGUUUAAAAAAGACACUCAGCAUUAUUCUCUGUUGCUUGGUAAAAUGAAUACAAUCACUGCAUUGGAAAAUGCAGAGGCAACAUCAAACAGUUUAAAGAAAAGAUACGAUGCUUUGGCGAAAAAGGCUGCAGAAGCGGAAAUGAAGCAAGUGGAAGGUAAAAUCAAACAAAAUGGUGCAGUUGAAGAAUUUUCCCAUCCUGUUCCUGAUGAAGAAAAAGUCACAGAAACACCAGAAAAAGAAACAUUUGGAAAUGAAGUAAACAGUGCAAAGUUGUAUGAAUUGAUUUACAAAAAGUCAAAAGAUGUUUUAAUACUUGACAUACGGUCUUCGGAAGAUUUUCAAAUGUCUCACGUGCAGCAUUCCAUCUGCGCUAAUGUGCCUAAGGCAGCAAUCCAACCUGGAACAGUUGUGUCCAAAAUAGAAGAAGGGAUUGCACCAAGUGAUAUGGAGAUGUGGAAUAAAAGAGACUCGGUAGACUUGGUUGUUCUUCUGGAUUGGACUUCCUCUGUCAAACGAUUACAAGACAAAGGAGAUCCUCUGAGGAGUUUAAAAGAUGCAAUCUGGAAGUGGAACCAGGAUAAGAUCUUGCAGCAUGAACCUGUUGUACUUGAGGGUGGAUUUUCAGAUUGGUUGGAAUUUUAUCCACAAUUUACCACCAACCCAAAAGCCAAGGUUCCAAAAGCUAAUGUGAAGACUCUCAAUGUUAACAGUUUGUUGGAGUUUAGUUAUAGCGACCUUAAUACCAACUUUGUGAAACCUAAACCACCCCCAGAGAAGAAAGAGCCCGAGAUAAAGGCAGAACUCCCAACCAAACCAAUACCAUUCACUGUUAAUGUCCCAAAUUCUAUUCCCAUCACAAUAGCUCAAACAAAUCCACCAAAGCAAGUUUCAGUCUCCAACACUAUUCUCAAGCUUGUUACUCCUGCAUCAGAACCUGUUGAAACUCCUUUACCGCAGAAGAAGAAACCCCAACCUAUGUUUGACAGAUCCAAGAAACCCUCACCAGCUCCAGCAGUACACCCUUCUGUCCCAAAACCAGAGUCACAGUUUAAAAAGAAUGGAGAAUCACCGAAAAAUGAGAUGGAAGUUGUGAAACCAUCUCCUCCUUCUAAAGUAAAGAGUAAGGAUGUAGAUAAUGAUGCCAUCUUCAGUGAGUACGAACAGCGAAUAGCUCUCAUGGUGAAGCAAAAAGAAGAAAAGGAAAAUGCCAUUGUCGAAAUAGAAAAGAAGAAAAAGGUAGCGGAACUCCAGGCUCUUGAAAAGAAACUAAAAGAAGAAGCAGAAGAAACAGAAAAGAGAAAGAUGGAGGCAGAGCGUCAACUUGCUAUGACUAUGAGAGAUCUCAGCAAGCCUAAACCAAUAACAAAUAAUAUGGAAAAACCUCUUGUUAUUGAACCACCAAAUAAAAAAGAUGACGCACCAAUCAACAAAGAUAUGUCACCAGAACCAAUUUAUGCUGAAGUUAAAAAGACCAAAAUUCCUAAAGAAACACCUGGAAAUAACAAAGCCAAACAAAAAGCUCCAAAACCAGAAAGACCAACAGCUGAGAAACCGGAUGUUUCAAUACCUUCCAAAUCAGUAGCCAGCCCAGUGGAUCAGUCAAAGUCUACAACAGUUUCAAGCCAACAUGAAACACAAGUCAAACCCAAGCUAAGUCAAUCUGCGCCUGCCAUAUCAAAACCUGUAGAUCCGAUUAAACCAACAACAAAUCAAUCAACUACAAAGGAUGUAGCGAUAAAACAAAACAAAGAUCAGGAAAAAACAGUUCCACCAAAACCUCAAGAGGUAAAGCCCAUAUCUCGAAAGCCAACUUUAUCAACUGGGUUGAACCCAAACUCUGAUAAAGGAGGAUUUGCUUUAAAGCGUUCGUCUUCUUCUCCUAACAUUAAUAAACUGGUGGAAGAGGAGUCUAAAGUUGUAUCUACUUCCACUAUGCCAAGUAUACCAGACAGGGAAAGGAAACCAAGCAUUAGACCUGGACCCAGUGAACUGGUGACUGCAUUAACCCAUUCACUUCGUGGCGUGUAUGGUGGUAAAGGAAGGGGUUUGUGUGGGCUUAGAAACCUCGGGAACUCCUGUUACAUGAACUCGGUGCUGCAGUGCAUGUUCAAUAUGACACAGCUUGCUGAAUAUAUUCUUACCGAUAGUUACACAAAAGAUCUUAACAGAGCAAACAAGAUAGGGCAUGGAGGGCGAGUGGCAGAAAGUUUUUCGGUGCUUUUAAGAGCGGUUUGGAGCUCCAAGUAUGAAUAUAUCGUGCCGUCAGAUUUUAAGAGCAUAAUUGGGACGAUAAAUUCUAGUUUUGCUGGCUACACCCAGGAAGAUUCGCAGGAGUUUUUGAUGCUUCUGUUGGAUGGCUUACAUGAGGAUCUAAACAAGGCGCCUCAAAGUGAAUAUAAAGAGGAGCCAGACAAUGAUGCUUUGGAUGAUGAGGAAGCUGCACAAAUGGCUUGGAAAUAUCACAAGAAGCGAAAUGAAUCGAUUAUAGUCGAGUUGCUGAAGGGUCAGUUUAAAGCCACAGUUAAGUGCCUGCAUUGUGGAAAAGCUUCACGUAAGUUUGAUCCUUUCAUGUACCUUUCUCUACCACUUCCAAAUAAGUCGGCAUCAAUAUACGACAUUCUCAAGUCGUUUCAACGAGUGGAACAGAUGACUGGAAGUGACCGGUGGCAUUGCCCUAAUUGCAAAACACUCAGAGAUGCGGUCCGUUCAAUUGAAAUAUGGAAGCUCCCUCCCGUUCUUAUUAUUCACUUCAAAAGGUUCGUACACACCGGUCGCUGGAGAGAUAAGAUACACACCAACAUUUCCUACCCCAUGACCCAGCUAGACUUGACUCCUUUCAUCAGUGGCAAGCAGAGACGACCAAAGUACAAUUUAUUUGCUGUGUCCCACCAUCAAGGUGCUGGUUUGGAUAGUGGUCAUUAUACAGCUUCAUGUAAAAGCGUGCUUGAUAAUAACUGGUAUAAAUUUGAUGACACAGAGGUAAUGAGAACAUCUGCACCUCAAGGACCAACAGCUUCAAUUCUAUUUUAUUGUUGUUAUCAAAGGCAUGUCCCCAAUUAAACUUAUGCAAAUGCUGGUGAUCAUCCAAAAAUAUUUGAAUUUUGGUAAAUUUACACAUUUUCAAUUUUGGGUGUUGUAAUAAUGUUAAAACAUUAGGUAUUAUAUUAAAAUAUAUAGUGAUCACUGGGCAGCGUAGUUUAUUUUCAACCUUUUCACUUAACAAAGGCCAUGCUUGCUUCUGUUUUAUUUAUAAACACAAUUAACUCAUACAUUAAACAUGCUAAGAUUGUUAAUAUAUCUGUUGUUUGUGUAUAUUAUGUGUAAUAUUGUCAAUUUAAUUGAUUUAAACAGAUUUCUUGUUUUUUUUCUGUGUGUUUUAUGCACUUAAUUGUUUAUCAUUUGAUGUUAUGUUUUCUUGUUGUUUAUUCCACAUUCUGUGAAUAUAUAUAUAUUUCGAAAUGUUAUCUCUUCUCUACUGUUUGUAAACCUUAUUGGCAGCUUUUAUUGGCUAUUCCAUUUAUUGUAGUACAAUAAGUACAACAUGUAUAUUAUAUGAAAAUAUGAUAUUACAUAUAAUUCUAACUUUCUAAGGUUAUUCAAUGUAAUAAUAUCAAAUAUCUCACACUAUGUUAAGCAUAUUUCCGACUUCUAUGAUUCUUCAUUGCUUUAUAUUUAUUUUCUCCGCUUUAAG